AUGGAUAAAGGAUUUGUUGGUGGCGGUGCUGAUGAUUCAGCUUCUUCCGCAUCUUACAGUAAUAGUGGAAGCAGCUCCAGCAGCACUAGAGAUGUGUAUCUCAAACAUGUAAGCAGGAAUUCGCACAAAAUUUCUAAGCCCAUUCGGAAGCCUCUCCUUCUGCCUCCCGCCGUCGCUCCUGCGGCGGCGGCCUCGUUGUCGUCUUCCGCCGCCGGUAUUUCGAUUCUGGACCCUAAUUCGAGCCAGGCGCAGCCCCAAUCGCAGCAGCCGCCGGUCUACAACAUCAACAAAAACGACUUCCGCGACGUCGUUCAGAAGCUCACCGGGUCUCCGGCACACGAGCGGUUCUCAGCGCCUGGGCCGCCGGCGCCUCAGACUAGGCCCCCUAGCUCGCGCCUGCAGAGGAUUCGCCCCCCGCCCCUCUCCCAAAUCGUCAAUCGCCCCCCUCAGAUUGGCCCCCAAAACAGCGGCGCUCAGCAGCAGCCAUUCACGCCUUUGCCGCCGUUGCCAUCCGUCCACCCGGCGGCGGAGUCGCCGAUUUCCGCCUACAUGCGGUUCCUCCAGAACUCGGCUUCCGCCGCUUCGGCUUCGUCUCUUUGGAAUUCAGCUCCGCGCCCUGAUGCCCUAAUUCCCCAAAGCGACGGUCCGCGGGCGCCGCCACCGGCGGCGGAGUCGCCGGUCUCUGCCUACAUGCGUUUUCUGCAGAGCUCCUACUCUUCGUCUACUGCUCCACCGCAGUGGAACGCCACUGCACCGCCGCAGCAAUCGACGCUUCCACCCCCGCAGCAGCCGCCUUUCCCGACGUCUUUCGCUUCUCUGUCUCCAUUUCCGGCGCUGCCAUUGUCGCCGCUGCCAUUUGGGUGCAUUCCUUCUCCGAAGUCUCCCUACGGCACGCUGUUUUCGCCGACCGGCCAAUUGGGGCUGCCGCAGCUGCCAUUAUCUCCAACUCUGCCCGUUCCAAGCCCUAGGUGGAAGGGGAUGUGAAGGAAUUCAAAUCUCUAAAUGUAAGAAAAAAGGUAAGUGAUUUAGGGUUUCUACAGUCUCUUCUUGUUUAGAUUUUGAUAGUAGUAAUACUGUAUAUGUACAUGGUUUUGGGGUAUGAUAGUAAGAAAUUGUUGUAUUUACAGUGGAAAAAGUUAUUCUUGUCUGUUCUUUACAUGAACGAUGAAGGCAAAGGAAGUUAAGAUCUCUUCGUCUUUCCCAGUUUACAUGUUUGUAGAAUUUUGGACUCGUGGGAAUUCCAAUUUCAAAAUUUCCCUUUC